GUAAUCUGGACGAGUGCAUUGCCGGGUGGAACCUCAGCUCAGCGGGCAGAACUAAUAGCUCUGACACAAGCCUAAAGUUGGCUGAGGGAAAGAAGCUAAAUGUGUAUACGGACAGUAGAUAUGCCUUUGCCACUGCUCAUAUACACGGGGAAAUUUACAGACGGCGAGGGCUACUAACUUCAGAUGGGAAAGAAAUCAAAAAUAAGACUGAAAUAUUGGCCUUACUUAAAGCUCUAUUUCUGCCUAAAAAGUUAAGUAUCAUGCUUUGCCCUGGCCAUCAAAGAGGAGAUACUCCGGAGGCCAGGGGAAACAGAUUGGCGGAUGAGACAGCCAGAAAAGCAGCCCAGGGGCCUCAACUCUUGGUAAUGACUUUGUUGCCCCAACGGGCUAACCCACAACAUGAUGACUAUGAGGAUAAAUGGGUCUAUGAGGACCAAGAUCUGGAUAUCAUACAGAAGCUAGACGCCUCUUACAACCCAGAGGACCAUACCUGGGAAUAUCAGGGAAAAACCAUAAUGCCCCUUAAAAAUGUUAAAGAAUUAGUAAAAUCAUUACACAAACUGACACAUCUUGGGGCUAAAAAGAUGAAAGAACUCUUAGACCGUGGAGAGGGUACUCUAUAUCUUCCAAAUAGGGAUCGACUCCUCCAGCGGGUUGCAGAAAAUUGUCAGGCAUGUGCCCAGGUAAAUGCUGGUAAAGUUAAACUUGGAACAGGAGUCCGGGUUCGAGGACAUAAACCCGGGACACAUUGGGAAAUAGACUUCACUGAAGUCAAACCUGGUAUGUAUGGAUAUAAAUAUCUUCUAGUCUUUGUUGAUACUUUUUCCGGAUGGGUAGAGGCAUUCCCCACCCGGCAUGAAACUGCCAAAACCGUUGCUAAGAAGCUAUUGGAAGAAAUUUUCCCAAGGUAUGGGGUACCCGGAACAAUUGGGUCGGAUAACGGGCCUGCCUUCGUCUCCCAGGUAAGUCAGGCGGUGGCCAAUUCGCUGGGGAUUAAUUGGAAGUUACAUUGUGCAUAUAGACCCCAAAGCUCAGGGCAAGUAGAAAGAAUGAAUAGAACAAUCAAGGAGACUUUAACUAAAUUAACGUUUGAAACUGGCACUAGAGACUGGGUACAACUCCUACCCUCAGCUUUAUAUCGGGCCAGAAAUACUCCUAGCCCUCAGGGACUAACCCCAUUUGAAAUCCUAUAUGGUGCCCCACCACCUGCUGUUAAUUUCUAUGAAACUGAAAUUUCUGCCUCCCUCACCCCAUCUGUGCAGACUCAUUUACGCGCACUACAAUUGGUCCAGAACGAGGUCUGGAAGCCAUUAGCAGCGGCAUAUAAAGAAGAACUCAAAACCCCUUCGGUGCCACAUCCCUUCAAAAUCGGGGACACCGUCUGGGUACGCAGACAUCAGAGCAAGAACCUCGAACCUCGGUGGAAAGGACCCUACACUGUCCUGCUGACCACCCCCACCGCCAUCAAGGUGGACGGCAUUGCUGCUUGAAUCCACGCUUCCCACGUGAAGACUGCUCAGCCGUUAGAAUCAGCCGACACCCAUCAAGAUUCGGGAUGGAAGUUACAACGUACUCAAAACCCGCUAAAGAUAAGACUUACGCGCUGUUAACUGUCUUUGCUCUUUGUUUUGCUCCCCUUGUCUUAGGUAAUAACCCCCAUGUUCCCAUGAAGUUGAUUUGGCAGGUAUACUCUCAAACGGGGGAAAUAAUUUGGUCAAUUACAGCAACCCAUACCCCUGGCACCUGGUGGCCCACCCUGACCCUUCCUGACUCUUGUAAGCUGAUAGAGCCCUACCAACAAGGCCACCACAAGCUCCAGGAUGGCUGCUCUGCUGGGUGCCAGCUAGCUCAAACUGAUUUUUAUGUCUGCCCCCGGGACGGACGAGACAGAUCCCGAGUAUUCAAAUGUGGGGGCACUGAAGCAUACUACUGCUCCUCCUGGGGCUGCGAAACCACCGGAGAUGCAUACUGGAACCCCACCUCGAGUUGGGACCUGAUACAGGUGUCCAAAAAUUACACCGGGCCCCCUUCCUCCUGCCAAUUGCCCCUUAAGAUACAAUUCACGGACAAAGGCAAGGAGACUAUCGAUCCCUGGCUUACUGGUAGAACAUGGGGACUCAGAUGGUAUAUGACUGGGUACGAUCCAGGUGUAAUUUUCACCAUCAGACUGUCCCAAACCCCAGCUAUAAUUAGCUCGAUAGGACCUAAUUCCGUACUCGGAGACCAAAAGAUCCCCUCACUACCAAGCAGCCGAAGGUUCCCUCCAGUAAGCCACCCAUGCCUCAAACUGUAACUAUGGAUUAUCAAACCUCUAGUUAUUCCCCUGAGCCCAUUCACCCUGGGACUGGAGACCGAUUGUUAAAUUUGAUUCAAGGAGCAUUUUAUGCCCUCAACGCCACCAGCCCAAAUCGCACCCAAGAUUGUUGGCUGUGUCUCACCUCUGGCCCACCUUACUAUGAAGGGAUAGCAAUUAUGUCUGACUGGAACAGUAGCACAAACCCUGACCCUAAGUGUGUUUCCCUACCAAGCUAUAAACUUACCAUCACUGAAGUAACAGGACAAGGGGUCUGUAUGGGGAACGUACCCCUAUCACACCAACAUCUCUGUAAUACUACCCUCCCAGUGACAGGCUCACAAAAUAACUAUUUGUGGGGUCCCCACGGAACUUACUGGGCCUGCAAUACCGGACUGACCCCUUGUAUUUCUACGGCAGUCCUCAAUGCAACCACUGAUUUUUGCGUAUUAAUACAAUUAUGGCCUAAGAUAUCAUAUCUAGGGUCAGACUAUGUCCUAGAACACCUUGAGGGACGGAAGAGGUACCCUAGAGAGCCCAUAAGCAUGACCAUAGCUCUACUACUGGGAAUUGGAGGAAUAGCAGCCGGAAUAGGAACAGGAACUGUUGCGCUAGUGCAAGGUAACCAAUUAUUGCAACUACAGGCAGCAAUGAACGAGGAUUUAACUGCAAUGGCCAAGUCUAUCACAGCCCUAGAAAAAUCUCUCUCCUCCCUCUCGGAAGUAGUGCUGCAGAAUAGGAGAGGAUUAGAUCUGUUGUUCCUCAGAGAAGGUGGUCUUUGUGUAGCCCUUCAAGAACAGUGCUGUUUCUAUGCUGACCAUACUGGAGUAGUCAGAGAAACUAUGGAAAAGGUCACUGAAAGGUUGGCCAAGAGACAAAAAGAAUUUGAGUCUCAACAAGGAUGGUUUGAACACUGGUUUAGUAAAUCCCCAUGGUUAACUACUCUGCUAUCUACCAUAGCAGGACCUUUGGUUAUUUUGCUGUUACUCCUGACAUUUGGACCUUGUAUACUUAAUAGACUAGUGCAGUUCAUGAAAGAAAGACUUUCCAUAAUCCAGACUAUGGUUCUAACUCAACAAUACCAGUUGCUUAAGCAACAAACAGGGUCGCAGACGAGCCUGGUUCAAGACCCCGAACAAGCAGACAGAUGGAUAUAAGAUUCUAUCCAUGUUCAAGAAAAAGGGGGGAAUGAGAGACCCCAGCCCAAUAACUUUAGGCCCAGGUACAAAAUCAUCAGGGCAUGCUACAAACCUGCGCAGGCACCAGAUGUGUUUUUCAGAUAACCAGUUAACAGGCACCAGAUGUGUUUUUCAUAUAACCAGUUAAAUGUAACCGAUUAGAAAAGAACAGGAUGGUUGGGAAAGAACCGGGUAAUUGUGUCCCAGGACACGAUCGGGCAAACCGGAACAGAUAAGCAGGAACAGAACCGGGUAAUUGUGUCCCAGGACACGAUUGGGAAAACCGGAACAGAUAAGCAGGAACAGAAAGAAUGGAAUGUAAAACCGUGGGUUUUCCAGGAACAUACAGUGAAAAACGACCUUGCUCUUUAGGUGACCUAUAUGCUAGGUUCAAAAUGACCAAUAAGAAACCUGUUCCUUGCCGCGCGCACGAAACCUGCUCCUUUACCCCAUAAAAGAUCUGUGCCCCAAAGCCCGGUGUGCCAGUUCACCGAAGCUCCGGCUGAGGUUCUGCUGCGCACCCGCAGGUGCCUGUGUACCAAUAAACUGCCUCUUGCUUUUGCAGCCA